AUGGUUGGAAAACAAAGUCCCAUGCGCAUGUUUAUCAUGUUGCCCAUGAUGUUUCUCAUGGGAAAAAUUGAUUUUGAAAAUGAAACGUUACUCUUUGCUGCACGUACAGCUUUUCUUAUGUGUCAGGCGAUUGCUUUACUCGUGGGACUUUACCUGAAACAACUCAUCCAACGCAAGCAAGACACCCGCAAGAUUUUUGUUCCUGGCGUUAAAUCGCCCUUUGAUCAAUCCCCAAAUUAUGCAGAACUCACCGAGACAACAUAUGAGGCUCAUGAAUUGGCAAAAGCCAAUGAAUUUAUCAAACAGACACUCAUUGGUGCUGGAAUUUCAUCGUUUAUUCAUUUUAAAAUGGGUGUAAACCACGUCGUGAUGAUUCAAAGUGUUAUGAUGCCGAUUAAUUUAUGGGACAAUCCAUUGGUUCAGGCUUAUCUACUUGGUCGUCGUCAUGGCCGCAUCUGGAACGAACGACUGGAAGGUGAAUCAGCUGAAGACGCAGCAGCAGCAGCAGGUGAGACGACAAUAGCGACAGCUACAGCUGAAGACGUUCAAGAGAAGAAGAACAUAUCGUCCGAGUUGACACCAGAAGAGGCAAUUGCUCAUGCACUUGCAGCUGGUGUAGACGCAGACUUUGAUGCUCUUUGGAACGUCGUGAAACGAAAAGUGAACGCCAAAACGGACGAAGACCAAUGGACGGCACUUAUGGUCGCGUGUGGGUCCCCUGUCGACACGGACGAGUUUAUUAAGAAAUUGGUGAAAGCUGGAAUCAAUGUAUUGGCGGUGGAUGGAGAUGGAUGGACAGCGUUGCAUUGGAGCGCUUUCCACGGACGACCGGAAGCUGCAGAAGCGCUACUGUCGAGUAUCUCGGCUACUAAACGGGAGAAACUGUUGGCUGUCAAGGCGUCCGAUGGACGAACAGCAGCGGAAGUUGCUAAGGGUGAAGAGAAUGCUGAUGUGGUGGCAAUUGUCGCUAGUUUUGCGAAGGAUAAAGCUAGUGAUGACGAGACUUCGACUCUCCGCCAGCGGAAGGCUGGUGUUUCGUCCGUGGAAGACGUGGAUUAG